AUGUGCGAUCCAGCUGGGAAUACCCGACGUCAUCCACCGUCACUCCCCGGGGCCCACCUCCCUUCCGGCCCUGGCCUCCGCGCUCCACCUCCCGGCAUCCAAGCACGACGCCCUCCGCCGCCUCAUGCGACUCCUCGUCCACGCCGCCUUCUUCAAACUCCAAGAAGAAGAGGCCGAUGA